GUGGAUGGAGUUUUGUCUCAUAAAUGUAUUACUUGUGACAGGAGUUUAGUAAUACAGGUUAGUCAUUUGUGGAUUGUCUCUGGCUUUAUUUGAAGGAAAAAAAACUAACGCAAUGGAUUUUCAGUUUUCUGCAUUAACAAUAUACGGGCUAGUUUUUCUCGCUCUUUUAUACAUUGCUAAACAUUUUACAUCAAAUGCAUCAAUGAAGAAUUUCCCGCCGGGUCCAAGGGGAUUGCCAGUGAUUGGAAAUCUGCACAUCGUAAACCUUACAAGACCUAACGAAACGUAUAUGAAGCUCUCUAAACAAUAUGGCUCAGUGUUCAGCGUCCAGAUGGGCAGUGUAAAGAUGGUGGUGCUGGCCGGAUAUGAGACUGUAAAGAGCGCUCUUGUGGAUUACGCUGAAGAGUUUGGCGAAAGGCCUCAGAUCCCUAUAUUUGAGGACAUUAACUAUGGAUGCGGAGUCCCAUUCGCACAUGGCGAGAACUGGAAAGCGAUGAGAAGAUUCACCCUCGCCACAUUACGGGACUUCGGCAUGGGGAAGAAGACAAUAGAGGACCGGAUUAUUGAGGAAUGCGGAUAUAUGAUUAAGCUAUUUGAAUCUCUGGAAGGUAAACCGAGUGACCUGACAAUAAAAACAAGCUUUGCCAUCGGAAAUAUAAUUUUAUCCAUUGUGCGGGGGCAACGUUUGGAUUACCAACAUCCACUUUUACUCAAAAUCAUGACCAUUGUAGAUGAAAAUAUGAGACUAUUUGGGAGUCGUUCAACUGCGCUGUACAACGUGCUUCCUUUCUUCCGGUACCUGCCCGGUGCGCACAGUAAAAUCAAGCAGAAUAUAGCUGACCUGCACGCUGUCAUCUCCGCUGAGUACAAGAAUCAUCUGAAAGGACUGGACAGAGAUGACCAACGAGGAUUCCUUGAUGCAUUUCUUGUCAAGCAGCAGGAGGAAAAAUCUGAUCCCAGGACAUAUUUCCAUGAAACUAAUCUUCUGACUGUUGUGACGAGUCUCUUUAUGGCUGGGACAGAAACCACUGCGGUCACCAUCCGCUGGGCCAUCACGUAUAUGAUACAGAACCCGGAAAUUCAGAAAAAGGUCCAUGAAGAAAUUGAUAAAGUGAUUGGGUCAGCGCAGCCACGAAUCGAGCACCGUAAGACUAUGCCCUAUACCAACGCAGUCAUCCAUGAGACGCAGAGAUUCGCCAAUAUUCUGCCCAUGAACCUGCCGCGGGAGACUACAAGAGAUGUUAUAUUCCAGGGCUACUAUUUACCAAAGGGAACUUACAUUGUCCCAUUGCUGGAAUCAGUCUUAUACGACAAAACCCAAUUUCAGAAGCCAGAUUCCUUUUAUCCGGAACAUUUCCUUGAUUCCAACGGAGGCUUCGUCAAAAACGCAGCUUUCAUGCCUUUUUCAGCAGGAAAGCGGGUUUGUAUCGGAGAGACGCUGGCGAAGAUGGAGCUGUUCCUGUUCUUUACCAGCCUUAUGCAGAGGUUCACGUUUCACCCUCCUCCCAAUGUCACUGACUUCUACGUGAAGCCGUCUGUGGGACUGACAAAUCCUCCAGUCACUGAAAACAUUUGCUGCGUGCCGCGCUCUCAGUAAAACAGGGAAAACACACAUUGCCAAGCAAAGCACCGAAGACCAGUGGUUCUCAAUCUCAAUCCUCAAGAAUUCCAAACUGGUCAUGUUUUCAGGAUUUCUGUCUUUGGACGCAAGAGGGAUUAGUACCCAACAGCAUAGCUUAACUCACCUGUGCAUGAUUCAAGAAACCCAUAAAAUAUGAUCUGCUGGGGGCACUUGGGGACUGGAGAUGAGAACCAAUGCUUUAGGAGACAGUUGCAUUAUAAUAUGAAUAAUUAAACAGAUGACUCAACUUACUUGUACUACAGUAUAUGUCCUGCUGUGUGUUGUUAUCAUGAUCCAACGCAAACCUUAGAGGAAUUCUUAGUUGUGGAUGUAACAUAUUAUAUGCCCUUUGCAGGGACAGACUGGGGCUGUGCUAGAGCCUGGCAGUGAUGUGUACAUGCGCACCGUAGGUCACAUCAAUAGGAGGCACCACGGCUCAUAGUGAUCCCGCGGCAUGCUUCCGCAUCUCUGUAUGCUGUACCUCCCUUUGCUGUGCUCGGCCAGCCCCUGUCUCCAUGUGCCUCAGUGCCGGGCAGCUGAGCAGAGAGCCAGGAGCCUGCCCAUUUCUCGGUAUUGGUGGACCGUCCCAUCAGACCUUCUGGUUUUUGCCAGAAGUGCCAGAUGGGCAGCCUGGCCCUGGUCCUGUGUCAUCCUGGGUUCCAGUAUCCUGUCACCGGAAUGUCUGACUGGUAAGAUGCGGGGGCGGAGGUUAGGUUUAGGUUGCAGGGGGAGAGUUAGGGUUAGGCUGCGGGCCGUGGGGUUAGAUUUAGGCUGCGGGAAGGCGGGGUUAGGUUUUGGCACCCCCAGGAAGGGUUAGGGUUAGGCUUCAGAGUGGGAGGGUUUAAGUUUAGGCUGUGGGGAGGGGGGAUUAGGUUUGGGCAUCACCGGGGAAUUUUAGGGUUAGGCUGCGGGGGCAGGAGGGUUAGGUUUAGGCUGCUAGAAGGGAGGGUUAGGGAUAGGGGCCAUUUGGGGAAGGAUAGUAUGCUUUUCUUGCACUGUAUGUGAUAACGACUCUCCAAUGCAAAGUGGGUCCUCUCACCAUAAAACCAUUGUCGUGUUCAGAUGCUGGUUCUCAGUAAAAAAAAAAAUAAUGCACUGCUUAUAUACAAUAUAAAUAACUUUAUAUUUAUACAGAAAGUGUCAUAGGGAUCUCUGUACAAUUUAGAAUACAAUGCAGAGAGCAUCACAAUGACCAAUAUACAGUACAUAGAGCACUCCAAUGACUGGUAUACAGCACAAACAGCUUCUUUCAUUCUUUCAUAAGUACUAAAGUACAAUAUAGAGAACAUUCAAGUGACUUCUAUACUAUACAGAGAUCAUUCAAUUGCACAGCACAAGAUAGAGAACAUUCAAGUGACUUCUAUACUAUACAGAGAUCAUUCAAUUGCACAGCACAAUGCAUACCAAUGACAAAAUGUGAAGAGAAACUACAGAGAAUGCUGUUAUCGCAAAAACCACAAACGUUC